GGAACCGCGAGCGGCGUAGCGGAUCCCGGAGCCCGGCCCCCGCCGCUCGCCCGUCCGGCUGUCUGCCCCGCCCGUCCGGCCCCCGCCGUCCGCCCGCCCCGGCCAGGCGCGCCCGCCCCCCCGACGGCCCCGCCCGGCCGCGGCCCCCGCUCCGCCCGCCCGGCCCCGGCCCCCAGGAGGAGGCGCUGACGCAGCAGCGUGGAGCCCGGGAAUUGAGCGCCCCCGGGGGGUUCCAGCCGCCGGAUUCCAGCCCGGCCGGGGCCUGCGGGCGCCCAGAGCUGCACCGUCCGCGCCGCCGGUCCCGGUUGGAGGGACCCCAUGACACAUACUCGGAGGAAGUCCUUUCCCAUGCUGAGUUCUGGCCCCACUGGCCACAGGGAGCCCUUGCAGAUGGAAGAUAGCAAUAUGGAGCAGGGGGCUGAGGGUGUGGAGCCAGGCAUGCCUGAGAGCCCCGGGCACCUUACAGGGCGCCGCAAGAACUACCCACUGCGGAAGCGCUCGCUGGUUGCCGAGAAGCCAAAGGCCUGCAAAGUGCUGCUGACUCGCCUGGAAAGUGUGGCUGGUCCACGCAGUGCAGAUGAGGCCGAUGAGCUGCCUCCUGACUUGCCCAAGCCCCCAAGUCCUGCCCCAUCCAGUGAGGACCCUGGCCUCGUGCAACCCCGUAAGCGGCGCCUGGCCUCCCUCAACGCAGAGGCCCUCAAUAACCUGCUGUUGGAGCGAGAGGACACUAGCAGCCUGGCGAGCAACCGCCGUAGUCGUGGGGGAGACCCCCACCGAAGCCGGGACAGGGCCCCCGGAGGCUGGUCCUCCUCCAAGAAGCGAUCUCGACUGGGAGACCUGGGAGAAGGAAACCGGGACCUGUCCCCAGAGCCAGCCCCUGAUGAAGGUGCCCGCCGAGAUGGAGACUCAGCUCCCAAGAGGCUGGCUAGCCUGAAUGCAGCUGCCUUUCUGAAACUGAGCCAGGAGCGAGAGCUACCCCUUAGGCCUCCUCGUGCUCAUGCAGAAGCAGAUGGGCGCUCCACUGAGCCCCCAGCACCCAAGGUCUUGCGGCCAAAGUGGGCCAAGGUCAAUGGCAAGAACUAUCCCAAGGCCCGGCAGGGAGCAGACUCUGGGGAGGCUGCAGGCCCACCUGGCUGGCAAGAGCACCCUGAGGAGCUAUGGUCAUCUGCCACUCCUCAUGGUUCAUCCAUCCAACCACCUUACCAGCCCCUUAGCACGGCUCUGGAGAGUCCCUCCGGGCUGCGCCCCCACCUGCCUCUGCUGAUGGGUGGGCAGGCAGCCCUGAAACCAGAUCCUGGGCGCCCAGGCGAGGAGUCACCUGCCCCCAAGCAGGAACUACAUCAGCCCUCUUUCCCUGCACCUCAGCUGCCCCCCCUGCCAAUGCCUGGCAACCCUGCCGACUACAGUGGCCUGUGUGGAGGGCCUGAGCUCACUGCACUAGGCAGCUUCUACCUGUACUGUGGCCAAGAUGGGCUGCAGUGUGGGGGCUAUUCCCCCUGCCCCAUGGUCCCUGAAGGCAAGCUGUCUCCGGUGGCUGCCCCUAAUGAGGGGCUUCUCUUGGCCCCCAGCCCAGUACCCUCGGGUACCCCUUUCCAGCAUUCUCCCUGGAGCUCCUCUCGCUACUGCUCCAGUGAGGACACUGGAGUGAAUGGCUACAGCAUCUGUGGAGUGUUGCCCCUGCCUCUCACCCAUAUUGGCACUGCCUGUGGCGGCUGCCCCUACAAAAUGCCUUUUGCAGCAGAAGGCUGCAGGUCCCUGGGCCAUCUGGAAUUUCCUCUUCCAGAAGUUGGCCACCCAGCCUCACCUGCCCACCCCCUUCUGGGAUGCCCUGUACCCAGUGUGCCACCUGCAGCGGAGCCUGUCCCCCAUCUCCAGACACCUACCUCGGAGCCCCAGACAGUAGCCCGCGCGUGCCCUCAGAGUGCCAAGCCUCCUAGUGGUUCCAAGUCGGGUUUGCGCACGGGCUCCGGCUGCAGGCACACUGCGAGGAGCAAGGCUGCCCGCAGGCCCAGUCAUCCCAAGCAGCCGCGUGCCCAGCGUCCACGCCCUCGCCGCCGUCGCCGCCGCCGCACCAACGGCUGGGUGCCUGUUGGAGCGGCCUGUGAGAAGGCUGUCUAUGUCUUGGAUGAGCCAGAACCAGCCAUCCGAAAGAGCUACCAGGCAGUAGAGCGGCAUGGAGAGACAAUCCGAGUCCGAGACACUGUCCUCCUUAAGUCAGGCCCAAGAAAGACAUCCACACCUUACGUGGCCAAGAUCUCUGCCCUCUGGGAGAACCCUGAAUCAGGAGAGCUGAUGAUGAGCCUCCUGUGGUAUUACAGGCCUGAGCACUUACAGGGGGGCCGCAGCCCCAGCAUGCACGAGCCUUUGCAGAAUGAAGUGUUUGCUUCGCGACAUCAGGACCAGAACAGUGUGGCCUGCAUCGAGGAGAAGUGCUAUGUGCUCACCUUUGCCGAGUACUGCAGAUUCUGUGCCAUGGCCAAGCGCCGAGGUGAAGGCCUUCCAAGCCGAAAGACAGCACUGGUACCCCCAUCUGCAGACUACUCCACCCCGCCACACCGCACAGUGCCGGAGGACACGGACCCUGAGCUGGUGUUCCUUUGCCGCCAUGUCUAUGAUUUCCGUCAUGGCCGCAUCCUCAAGAACCCCCAGUAGCCUCUUUGUGCCCACACUGGGGCUGCCCUUGGGCAAGUAGGGCUCAGGGCAAGGGGCACUGCUUGAAGCACAGCACUUGGUUAAGGUGCCACAGGGGCAUAUGGUUGCUGGCCUGUGGUUCUCCUUGGGGGGAGGGCAGGGGCCUCUGUGGGUUCUGGGGCCACAAGGGAGGGAAGGGGAGGCCAGGGCAUGAGAAAAGCAACAGAGCCCUCAGCUUGGCCCAUGAUGCCUGUUUGUGGUCCCCUGGGUGGAGACUCCUGAAGAAUCAGUCUUCCCCGAGGCUGGGCUGAGCCUGAGGGACAUGGGCUGACGAAGGGCGGGGUCGAGGAGGGGUAAGGUCCUUCUGGAACCAGGCCCAAUAGGUCUAUCUUUAGCCUUCCCCGGCUCUCCAAGGGGAGCAGGAGCCAGCUUUACCUCACCCACUGUGACCCACUGCUUCCCCAUCAGCCUGGGACCAGGCUCUCCCAGAUUCUAGCAUAGCUCUGAGCUUAUUCUUUGUAGCAUAGAGUGCCAGAGUCUGGCUUCCAGAGCAUUGACUUCCUCCUUUUGGACUCGGGACCUUUCCCUGGCUUUCUUUUCCUCCUUUGGGCCCUCCCCCCUCAGUAGCCACUGGUGCUGGGACACUUUGACCCGGCCUUUGCAGUCAUAGGUGUGGCCCACCUGUGGCAAUCAGCCUCCUGUCUGCUUCCUAUUGAGGGCUACCCAGCAGGUCUGGCUUCCCAGAAAGUUAACUGUCAACAUGGGGUUUGUCAUGUCUGGGAGGGCAGAUGGGUGCUGGGAGAGGGUGGGGGGCAGGGGGCAAAGAGAAUUGCUACCUGAUUUGUUGAAGAUUUUUCCUCUUGCCUUACACUUGGAGGUUCUGAGAAACCUCUUGCAGAACUUCACACAUGAUUCUUCAAGCCACACCCACCCAAAAUCAAACCAAAGGAGUGCUGUGGCUCCCCUUGCCCUGUCACCCUUCCCCUAGUCUUUUGUAGAUUGCACUAAUUACAUCCCAGUGAGAAUCAACACUGUAUCAGUCCACAGACCUGCUGAGCUGCAGCCACUCACUCUAGGAGCUAAGGACCUGCAUUUUCAGUUUGUUCCCAUUGUCCAAGGCCCUGUGCUCACCUGUACUGCUCCCCAGAGUAGAUUGGUUAGGACUCUCGGCUCCUGUUGUCCUUGUCUGGAUCAGGCCCUGGCCCCAGGCUCUGUGAGGAACUGGAGGCCUGGUUAUUUCCUUUGUGUACCAAAGAGGAGCAUGGUGGGGAGAGGAGUCGGGUGCUGUGUAGCUUGGGAUUUCCACAAGGGUAUGCCCCAGGGACAGGAGCCAAGAAGGGCAACACUGGGUCCUCUCAGUUGGGAAGGGAGACACAGGCCCAGUAGACUAAGGAGGUGAUGAUGGUCUGGCAGGGGCUACAAACAGAGGUGGAAGUGAAUCCUGAGGGCAACCCCGCAACCCCGCAACCCCGGAGUCCUGUCCUUAGCCUUAGAAAACGGGUUGCUCCUGACUGGUCAUUGGGCUGGGUGAGGACUAGAGGCUUCAGAGGCGAGUCUGUGCUUGGGAAGCUGAAUCCCAAGCCUGAAAUGAAGGGGCUUGGGUCUGCUUGUAUUGAAUAAGCUGUUUGGAGGGAGGUGGUGGUCUGGGGAGGGCGGGGCAAUAAGAGGUUGACAAGUGGCGUUGGAGGCCCUGGAGAGCUGGCCUGUAUAUUCCCAGGGUGCUGCCAAGGAGCCCACCCUCACCUAUGGGAGAGGUCAAGGCCCCUCCUCCCAUGAGGUAGGGCUACUGCCCAGAACUUAUGCUUUUGAAAUCUCUUAGAUGUGGAAAUAUUUUUUCGAACCUGAAAAUGCAGCUGGUAGAAUUUCAAUGGAAGCAUAAUCCAUGUAAAAUAUAUUUUAGUUGAUAUUUUGUAAAAUGCACUUUUUGUGUGUGUCGAUCCUGGUUUCCCAGAUCUGUAUUUCAGUGUUUACAAGGGAGGGGGAACCUUUCCUUACCUCCCUUUUGACAGAGAUUAGAAGUACUUCUUUAAGAGAAAAAUAAAUUUGAGAA